AAUAUAUAUCCCUGAAAGUAAUGUGAAGAUAUGCAUUAUUGUAUUUUUCCAAUACUUCUAACAAAAAUCAAAAGUUUCAAGGAAAGUCUUGUUAUGCGUAUGACCUCAAGGCAUUGACAUCACCCCUUCUGCUCCAAUGGGUGAGCUCUCACUGGAUGAUCCAGCUGUGAAUCUUAUAAAAAGGCUGUGCGUUAGAAACUGUCAGAGUUGUGUUAUAACCAUAGACUGUAUAAAAUAGGUUAUAACAAAGGAAACAACUUAUAGGAGGCUGGUUAUUCAUUUUAAGCUCCCACCACAUUGCUCCAGUCUUCAAAGAAACCAUGUCUAGUGCACACAACUGGACUUGUCCCACUGUGGAACUUUCCAACGGAGUGCAAAUGCCAAUACUUGGAAUAGGCACAUCCCAGGUUGGAGGUUUCUGUCAGGACACUGUUCUGUAUGCACUACGAGAUUGUGGCAUACGUCUCAUAGACACAUCAAAGUAUAAUGGCUUUGAGGUACAGCUGUCUGAAGCUAUCAGAGACAGUGGGGUACAGAGAAGUGAUCUGUGGGUCACCAAUAAACUCUGGCCUGAAGAUUAUGGAUAUGAAACUGCCAAGAGGGCCUUUCAGACCUCCUGCUCUCAGAUGGGGGUGGAAUAUCUGGACAUCUAUAUGUUGCACUGGCCUGGUGGAAUGCAGCCUGGUCGCUGUAACAGAGCACUGAGAGCUGAGGCCUGGAAAGCUAUGGAAGAGCUCAAUGAAGAAGGGUUGUGCCGCUCCAUCGGAGUAAGCAACUUUAUGAUUCACCACCUGGAACAGUUGAAGCAGGACUGCACUGUGGUGCCACAUGUCAAUCAAGUGGAGUACCAUCCGUUCCAGCAGCCGAUUGAGCUGAUGGAGUACUGUCGCCAGGAGGGGAUUGCAUUUCAGGGCUACUGCCCUCUGGCUAAGGGUCAAGCUCUAAGUGAUCCCACUAUUAUCCAGAUGGCACAGAAGUAUGGGCGCACACCCGCUCAGAUCUGCAUCCGCUGGAGUAUUCAGAAUGGAGCUAUUACAAUCCCAAAGUCGACCAAAAGGGAGCGUGUGCUAGAAAACUGUCAGGUGUUUGGGUUCCAGCUUGAAGAGAAAGACAUGGAGGCCAUAAACAAGUUGCAUGAUGGGAGACAUGUGUCCUGGGAUCCAACGAAUGUGGAGUAGUACAUUUACAUGUUUACAGCACAAGUAAUUCAGCAGCAGUUGUGGCAUUUUUCACCACAACAACAAAAUUGUGUCAUGCUUUUAUUGUGAAAGGAAAUACAUUUAGAUGCAAAAAGUGUGUACUUGUGAGAGUGUGUGUGUGUGUGUGUUUUCUGGAAAAUUCACAAUACUGACUUCUUAAUUAUAAGGUUGCCAGUAUGGAGAGGAUUAACUCAAAGUGGUGGAUGUGUUUGUUUUUUGAUAAAAUCAAUUUCUUAUCGGUAACUGAACUCACUCCUACGUUGUACAUAAAACAGUUGAGUCUUACCUGCAACCUAAGAGGCAACUGUUGGCUUGCUUCACAAUAAAAAAAAGAAUUAAGUAACCUGA